CCGCCCCUCCGCGUCCGCCCGGCUGCCCUCUCCCCGCGACGGGGCCGCAUCGCGCGUGGAGCCGCCUCCGGGAGCGGCCGCCGCGGCCUAUCCGGGCUCCGGCACGGCGACGAGGGCGCAGCCGCCGGGACGUUGCGCGCAGCUCCGCCCCGAGGGCCAUCAAUCCAUCCAGAAGGUGAGAUGAGGACAAGAGCUGCAGUAAUCCAGGGGGCAGAGACCCACAUCUAAAUCUUUAUUUGCAAUUUUGCACAGCUUUCUUACAUUCAAUGCACAAGAGGAGCUCUCAGAAGGUACAACUUAGGCAAGAUGCCGAUCAGCGUGAAUGACAUAAUGCAGCUUCUCUGCCGCGUAUCUGAAGAGCGAAAAAUGAAGGCAGCCUUCCGGCAUUCCGGACGAGGAGCAUUGGUGGCCGGCGCGACUGCCUUUGUUGGUGGCUUGGUAGGAGGUCCGCCUGGCAUUGCCGUAGGAGGUGCAGUCGGAGGGUUGCUUGGUGCCUGGAUGACCUCUGGACAGUUUAGGCCCAUCCCUCAGAUUAUCCUGGAAUUGCCUCCCGUAGAGCAGCAGCGGCUUUACGACGAUGCUUACGCCAUCAUCAGGAAUUUAGACUGGACUGACUUGGCGCAGCUGACGGCCCUGGUCAUGGGAAAUGCCGCCGUUCAACAGCAGUUGCUAGGCAUGCUGAUGAGCUAUCUCACCAACGAGCUCCGGGCAGAAAUCAAGUACGGGGACUAGUUUUUUUCCAGGAUUUCCUGUGUGGACCCUUUUUUGUUUGACUGUGAAGAACAUUUUAACCUCUUAGGACCAUUGAUUUCACAUUAGAAAUGGGAGAUUGCUGGAAAGAAUAUAUAAGCUAUCUUCUUCCCCUGCCACGACUUUAAUCGGUGGCACACAAUUGCGUUGAGUGUGUCUGGCCUGGUGCCUCGUUCUCCUGCCUUUCCUCGCCCCCUUCUGUCCUGUUGCCCAACAUUGUUCUCUGCCAGUCCAGUAACUGCUGCUAUCUCCGUUCAUUGAUUAUAGAACAUAGAUGCCUUGUUCUCUCAUGGUAGUGCCUAGAUGGCGGCUGGGAUUUAAAUACCAAUGGCAGAUAGGGCCAAUGAGUUCACACUAUCAGAUAGUCCUUGGGCCAUGAGCCAGUGGGUAGAACUGGCCGUUCUGACAUUUUAUCCACAUAACACUGUGCUGGAGUAGAUCACAAUGUUUAUAUUGGUUGGCGUGAAUAUGAUAUUUAUGAUGGUAGAUUGUUGCCUCGCUCUUGAUAUAUUUGCUGUGUCGUUAGGGUAUGCCAAAGUAACCUUUGAAAACCCACUUGAAAUCAAGUCUGUCGAAUUGCCUGAACCUGUCUACCUCUUGUAUCAUGAAAGGCAUAAAAAUAGUUGGUUGUGAGCAGUUCAUUACAGGUUUCUGACUUAAAUGAGAUCCACAGCAACUGGACACUUUUUGCCUAUCAAAGUCAUCUUUGAGCAGAAGACACAUGAACAAUGAUGCACGAGCAGCGUUUGAGUUUCAGAGCUGGAAUUCCAGUUUUAAAAGUCCUUUGCAGGAAGAGUGGGGAAAGUGUGUGUGGUUUGAUUACAUAUUGGAUUUCAGUUCAAGGUUCUCUUCUCUGUCUUGGUGCUCCAUCACAUCUUGGUGUUUGAUACUUUUUUUCCUUAGUGUUGGAUCUCAUCGGGUAAUCAGAGAUACGCUGCAUUUUGCUAUGGAA